AUGAGAAUUCUUCACGACCAUGGAUUUUCUCCGGAAGAAGCCGUCCAGCAAAAAAGCGUUGUCUACAACAACACCGUACAAGCAAUGGCAAUGAUUUUGAGGGCUAUGAACAGCCUGAAGAUCACUUUUGAAAACCCGGCAAGAGAGAACGAUGCCCGUGUGGUCCUGGACACGAUCAAAGCUGCCCAAGAAUCAGAGCCGUUCACACAGGAGCUCACGCAAGCUCUGAAAAAUCUGUGGGCAGACCCGGGAGUUACAGCAGCGGUCAACCGAGGAAAUGAGUUCCAGCUCGUCGAAAGUGCUCCACACUUUCUCGGUUCUAUCGACCGUAUAGCAGCCAAAGACUAUAAACCAACUGAGCAGGAUAUUCUGCUUUCACGGAUAAAAACUACUGGUAUUGUAGAAGUGAAAUUUCAAAUGAAGAAUGUGGAUUUCCGGGUCUUCGACGUGGGUGGCCAGCGGUCGGAACGGAAAAAAUGGAUUCAUUGUUUUGAAGAUGUCAACGCUAUCAUAUUUAUAGCCGCCAUCUCCGAAUACGAUCAAGUGCUUUUCGAAGACGAGACAACGGUUGGUUUUCUUUAA